CAUCAUAUCAUAGCCACACACAGUAGAGGGUGGCAUCGGUGCCAAUGAGAGAAGAUAGUAAUGGAUAACAAACAUGAUCACUGAUCAAAACUAUUCACAUCUUCACACAAUUCCUCUUCACAUUUUUAGAUAUCAUCCUUCUACCUUUGCCUAUGGAGGCUUUCUCCGUACAAUCACUCACCGCCACCACCAUUCCCUCCUCUCUGUCACGUAGAGGUGCCACUGACAAACCUUCUGCCACCUCCCAUGUUAACCUUUCCCAUUUCAUGAGGUACCCUUGUACCACAAGAUCAACAAAACAAAAAAUUCUUUGCACCAGAGCUCAAGCUUCAGGUUCAACGAAAUCUAGUACGGGUAGUGCAGAGGGGAUUUCUGAGAAAACAGAUUCCAAGGAUGACAACUUAGUAUUUGUUGCCGGUGCUACUGGUAGAGUUGGUUCACGGACAGUGAGGGAGCUUAUAAAGCUUGGAUUUAGAGUCAGAGCUGGAGUGCGGAGUGCUCAGAGGGCCGGUGCAUUAGUUCAGAGUGUUGAACAAUUGAAGCUUGAUGGUGCAAGUGGAGGGGGACAAGCUGUAGAGAAGCUUGAAAUUGUGGAAUGUGAUUUGGAGAAACCAGAAACAAUUGGAUCGGCGUUAGGGGAUGCGUCAACAGUGAUAUGUAGCAUUGGUGCCAGUGAGAAGGAAGUUUUUGACAUCACUGGACCCUUUCGGAUAGAUUAUCAGGCCACCAAAAAUCUAAUUGAUGCUGCAACUGUUGCCAAAGUAAAUCACUUCAUAUUGGUUACUUCACUGGGAACAAACAAAAUUGGCUUUCCUGCAGCUAUCCUUAAUUUGUUUUGGGGAGUCCUAGUUUGGAAAAGGAAGGCAGAAGAAGCACUGCUGGCCAGUGGACUUCCAUACACAAUAGUGAGACCUGGAGGUAUGGAACGGCCUACUGAUGCUUUUAAGGAAACUCAUAAUAUAACCCUAUCAACGGAAGAUACUUUAUUUGGGGGUCUGGUGUCAAACCUUCAGAUUGCUGAACUCUUGGCAGUCAUGGCCAAAAAUCGUGAUCUUUCAUAUUGUAAAAUAGUGGAGGCAAUUGCAGAGACAACUGCUCCACUGACUCCCAUGGAGGAACUUCUUGCAAAGAUACCUUCUCAACGUCCUUACAUUUCUUCACCCAAGAAACCAGAUAUUGCAGCUGUCAGUGUUCCAGAUCCCCCUGCUAAUGUUGUGACUGUGGAACCUAAAGUUGCCACUCAACAAGAAACUGCACAACCUAAACCAGUGGCAAAACAACCACUUUCUCCUUAUAUCGUUUAUGAUGAUUUGAAGCCACCAUCAUCUCCUUCUCCAUCUCAGCCUGGUGGUGGGAAACCAACAAAGAUCAGUGAGACAGUGCCAAAACCAAGUGCUUCAGAUACUCCAAGUAGUGUGCCAGGAGUAGAUGGCAUCUCUCAGACAACAUCGUCAUCUAAAGUGGAGAAGCCUCUUUCUCCUUAUGUAGCAUAUCCUGACUUAAAGCCUCCCACAUCACCAUCUCCUAAUGCACCAACUGUAUCAGUUUCCACACCUGCUGCAGCUGGGGUGCCGGAGAUAGACACAAUAUCAAGCAAUGGACCGGCCCAACUUUCAGCAGCAGAUGAACCAAAGGAAGAACAUCUCCCUGAACCCAAGUCAAGACCACUUUCACCUUAUACCAUGUAUGAAGACUUGAAGCCUCCUGCAUCACCAUCACCUUCCUUCAGAAAUUCUUAGGAAUUGCCUGCCUAUUGAUUGAAUCAGACAAGUUACUGGACACAUAAUUUUAAUAGAACUGUUGAAGAGUCUAUGCGGCACUCAUAUGGAGGAUCAGGAUGGUCACUCAAAUAUGAAGAGAAGCAUUUCUACGAAUUGAAAUUUUCAGCGGUGUAAUUUAUUUCUUUAUGACCAUUUGGCGAAACUCAACGAACACUAUUUCUCCUUUUAGUAAUUUAUUUUCCCAAUGUUGCAAUUUAAAUUUAAAUAAAGGAAAAGGUAUCACUUUUCAUGUUCAAUUUUUAAAA